UAUCGAUAUGUAUCUUCGGUGGACGCCUGCCCACGAUGCAGCCGCGAUGCGUACACGAGGCUGUAUGUACAGUGAUAGCCGGCACAUCGUUCCUUACUGCUGCAGGUGUGGGUGGUGCCAACUCUUUCUGGGGUCUUCCAAACUGGGACCCCGGGAGGCGGUGUUCAAGGGUUUAUUAACAACCAACACGAACGCAUCCUCAUUGCACGGUAUACCGACUCGUCUAAACGGGAUUUUUUUUUGGUUUUAUUUUUUCCACGAAGUAGUGCGGCCAUGGUGCGUUGUUUUUUUCUUUGUUUUGUUUUCAUGUUCUCUUUCUUGGUGGCUGUCAGCCUGCCACGGUGCGGUGAAUGUAUUGAUGAUUGAUCUUAUAACUACUUAUUAGUGAGGACGCGUAUGAUGACGAGGUCGAAAGGCCGGGCACCUUCCGAUCCUGAACAGAAUACCCAGCAACUGACGGGACAACUCCGUUCGUUGGGGUUAUACGCCGCGCCCACGCUUGGAGAUGGCAACUGCCUUUUUCGCGCGUUAAGCGAUCAAUUGUACGGCUCUCCGUCCCACCAUAUGCAGCUUCGCCGCGAUAUCUGUGAUUGGAUUGAACAUCAUCGACAGCGGUACGAGCCGUUUUGUGAGGAUGAGAGAGGGUUGAAUGUACAUUUGGAGUGUAUGAGACAGCAAGGGACGUAUGGUGGCCAUCUCGAACUAUCGGCUUUUGCACAUUUUGCAAGGCGGAAUGUCAAGGUGAUCCAGCCGGGACUGGUUUACGUGAUCGAAUGGAACGCAGGGGGCGUCGACGAAGCCGAUACGUCGGCACGCGGAUUGGUGGGUGCAGACGAAGCCAGCGAUGCACGAGAGAAGAGACGACUACGGAGGCAACAGAAACGCGGGGAAACGUGCGUAGAGGCUGUGCAAGAAGAGUCACCAGAGGAUACUCUUUACGUGGCGUAUCACGAUUGGGAACAUUUUUCGUCGGUGCGGAAUUUGCGAGGGCCACAUGCGGGUCUUCCGCAUGUAUGCGAGUUGUCUGAAGAUGUUGCACCGCCUUCGCCGCUGUCGACCCCUACCAAGAGAAAAGUGACCUCGCGAGUCACAUCGAAGCCGGCGUCCAAAGCGAGUGUUUCGAAAAGUGUUAAGAGAAGCAGCGUGAAGGUGAAGGCGAAAGAAGUUACUGUGCCGGCUAGCCCUGCACUGAUACCACUGCCUAAUUCUCGUUCGCCGUCCCCGGAUGCUUCAGAUUGUUUGACGCAGGCCGAGGCAGAUCCGACACCGCCGAUUCCUGUAGCCGUGCGCCCCGAGCUGAUGCCUCCAGGCUCUGCGCCACUUCGAGUUCAUCGUUCGCCCAAGCGAUCGUUCGAUGAAUCAUCUGGAUCGUCUCUCUCCGACGUCGUUGCAAAACGCACGCGGAGCUCACUCUCAAGAGCGGACGACUACAAACGCCAUGACGCUAUCGAAGUGGAGGACCCGGCGGAAGAGUCGACCCCUGAGCUGUCUGCUCCUGGUUCGUCGAAUUCUUCGCCAUUAUCUUCACCAGCGUCUUCUCCCCGACCUACGACACCGUCCCCUCCAGAACCCGUGGAGAAACGGAUCACGCGAAGAGAACGCAAAGCGCUCGGACUUCCCAAGCCGAGGUCGGUAUUAAUGGCGAAGAGGGCAUCUGCAACGGGUGCGGGAGUGAUCGUCAUUCCUGGGGGGCGGUGCAGCAAGAAGAGUGGAGGAAACAGUAAACCUGUGACGGUGGUGCGCGUGAUGGGGGAUGAUGAAGAGGGGAGCAUACAAGAUGAGGAAUGGCAACGGAACGGGACGGGACGAUUGGACAUUCGCGGGUUUCGAGAACUCAGGAUAUAGCUCACCACCGACUGCCCUUUCCCUCUCUUUCACGACCUUUUACGAUCCCUGUCACGAUCCCCCUCCCUCAUCACCCCAUGGACCCCUCAUCAAUCACCCAUUCAGACCUCAUUGGCAUGCGGAUACUAUUCCAAUAUACCCGCAAAUGUUUGGCAUACAUAUAUAUCAUCAUCAUAACCCAUCUGGUAUGUGGUGCACAACUUAUCCAUGACGGGUGUAACGGGGCUUUUCUUUUCUUUUCUUUUUGACAAGUGUUUCAUUUCAUAUGUAUACUAUAUUUUUUUCUGUAGUGUUCCGCAUCCUCCUGUUGCAUCUACUAUUUGGACGGUAUGUAUCGCACGGUAGAGUUGUAUUGUGUAUGGGAUACAGGAAUCAAGUGACGAGUAAUCAGGGGCUUGAUUACAUGUUAGGGGUUCUACC